AUGGCUUCAGUAUCAUCCUUUCCCACAAUCAAGCAUGUACGAUCAUUUAUUAUACAAGGUGUGGGUUCCGGAGGAGACUACCACAAUGUGAAAGGAGGCCACUGGCUUGUCGAUAGCUCGAUAUCGACGCCAAUGGCUCGAUGGGAACAAUACCGCGCAUCAAGGACCAGCUGGGGUAUUAAUGUCUUGGGAUCGUUCUGCGUCGAGAUUGAGGCUAGUGACGGCACCAAGGGGUUCGCUACUGGGUUUGGAGGACCUCCAGCAUGCUGGCUUGUACAUCAACACUUCGAGCGCUUUUUGAUUGGAAGCGAUCCCCGUGAUAUCAAUGAUAUGUUUGAGAGAAUGUACCGCGGCUCAAUGUUCUACGGGCGUAAAGGUCUCCCUACUGCAGUCAUUUCUGUCAUCGACUUGGCUUUGUGGGAUCUUUUGGGUAAGAUUCGCAAAGAACCAGUUUACAAAAUGAUUGGUGGCGCCACUCGUAAGAGAUUACAUUUCUACUGCACCGGUCCUCAGCCCGCGAUAGCAAAAGAAACUGGUUUCAUUGGCGCCAAGGUUGCCCUUCCGUAUGGACCUGAUGAGGGUAUUGAUGGCCUGAAGCGAAAUAUCGAGUACCUUCGUAAGCAACGAGAAGCUGUCGGUCCUGAUUUCCCGCUCCGAGUGGACUGCUACAUGUCAUUGAAUGUGUCUUAUACGAUAGAACUCGUCAAGCGCGCCGAGGCUGAGGGAUUGCACAUUGACUGGUGGGAGGAGUGUCUUUCCCCUGAUGACUUUGACGGCCAUGCUCUUCUUAAAAAGGCCCAUCCAACAGUCAAAUUUACCACUGGUGAACACGAAUAUUCCAGAUAUGGAUUCAGGAAGUUGAUCGAAGGACGCAAUUUGGAUAUCAUCCAGCCGGAUGUCAUGUGGCUCGGUGGCCUUACAGAGUUACUGAAAGUCUCCGCCAUGGCAGCUGCUUACGAUAUUCCCGUGGUUCCUCACGCAUCCGGAUCAUACUCGUACCACUUCGUCGUAUCUCAACCCAACACUCCAUUCCAAGAAUACCUCGCCAAUUCCCCUGAUGGCAAGAGCGUGGAACCUGUGUUUGGAAAUCUUUUUUUGAACGAACCCAUCCCGAGCAAGGGAUAUCUGGAUGUGACUGAUCUCGACAAGCCGGGAUUCGGCCUUGAGUUAAACCCAAAGGCUCCAUUGAUUCCUGCUUCUGCCCUUCUUAACCCAGCCCCUGCUAAGAGCUUACCAGCAUCAGCCUCGACAGAGGAGCCGACCAAAGAGCAAGUCAACGGUGAAUAA